AUGGCCCACCUGGAAGCGCGCCACCCAAACGAAUCACACUCCACGGGACCCUUCACCUUCCUCCACCCUACAACACGCUACCUCCGCCCAGUCACCCUGAGCCGAGCCCAGCAACACCAUGACCCUGGAUCGCCCUCACCGGCCGCCGCCGGUUGGACAACAGGGGCUUCCGCCAAGGACACCCGGCAAGUCUACCACGUCUGGCGAAGCCGCGACAACAGAAAGGGCCGUCAAAGGGCAGUCAUCAUCAUGACCCAACCAAAAAUUUCUUCCCAAGGGAAAAUAGGCAAGGGUGGUGGUGGAGGUGAUGAUGAUGCUGGCGAAGAUAUUCUCCGCCCUCAGCGUGUCAGGAGCACGCUGUUGGGUCUGACGAGGCUGGCGACGCGCUUUCCGGUGUGGGAUGUCAGUUGCCUUGUUGCUGUGGCUUUUUUGCUUGGUUUGGUCCACCGUGUGUGUAUCAACGGCUGCUUCAUCUGGCUGCCCCUGGUCGCGCCGCAGAGCGAGUUUCCGCGGGAGACGGACAACGCAGAGGAGAUUUUGGCCUUCAUCGGGGCGACCAUUUUUGAGGUUGGGUCAUGGCUGAUGGUUGUAGAAGCCACCAAUGCGGAGAGGUCUGACUGCUUUGGCUGGGCAUUGGAGGCGUCGUUGGAGGACCACCGGCGGAGCCUGCGUCCCAAACAUGAAGCGUGCCGGCACCAUCACCGCGGCUGGCGCGCCCCGCUAAAGGACAGCGCGGUGGCAGCCAUGGCGGCGACGGCAAUUAACAAUGUGGCUGAACCUGGGGGGUUGGAAGAGAGGAAGGGCGACGAUGCCAAUGCGAGAUCGGAGAGGGAGCGGCGCUGGCUAUGGUGGCCAACCUGGCACGAGUUCAAGACACACUACACCAAGGAAAUUGGCUUCCUUGCGUCCUUCGUGCAGCUCCUUGGGGCUACCAUCUUCUGGAUAUCAGGCCUCACGGCCUUGCCACCCAUCUACAACGCCCUCUCGGUGCCCCUGGUGAACGGAGUCUACUGGGUUCCGCAGGUCGUUGGUGGCACGGGUUUCGUCGUGUCGAAACUCUUGUUCAUGGUUGAGGUUCAGGACAAGUGGUACAAGCCAACCCCAGAGAGGCUCAGUUGGCACAUCGGCUUCUGGAACUUGAUAGGGGGCCUCGGCUUCACUCUAUGCCCCGCCGUCGGUUUCAACUCGAAGAGUUCUCCAGCCCUCGAGUACGCUUCAGCACUGUCGACAUUUAUCGGGUCUUGGGCUUUCCUAGUCGGCUCAGUUGCGCAGUGGUAUGAAUCUCUGGACAAGUACCCCGUCCCAGUGGAACAGUCUCCUUCAUGGCUACAGUUAGGGGAGAGGGCAGUUUAA